AUGGUCCAGGCUCUGAGAAAAACAGAGAGAAUGGAAACAGCAGAUGGUCAAGUCAGGAGAUACCAGGAGUCACUGCAGGCUCAGACCAGGUGCUGGGGCACCAGUUUUAGGAGAGGAACGGACUUCAACUCCUGGGGUCAGCUGGUGGAGACGAUAGAUGAGUAUCAGAUAUUAGCAAGACAGCUACAAAAAGAAGUCCAAGCUCAACACAGGAAUGCCAAAAUCACUGAAGAACAAAAGAAAACCAUAGGCAAAAUUGCAACAUGCUUGGAAUUGCAAAGUUCAGCUUUACAGUCCACACAGUCCCAAGAAGAAGACCUGAAGAAGCUAGAACUGAUCCUAAAGAAUAUUCUUAUAUAUGAUAAAGAAUUCCUGUUUGAUGUUCAGCCUGUACCAUUAAGAAGAAUUUUAGCACCUGGUGAAGAAGAGAAUUUGGAAUUUGAAGAAGAUGAAGAAGAGGGUGGUGCUGGAGCAGGCUCUCCUGCUUCUUUUCCUGCCAGAGUUCCUGGGAAGUAAAGAAUGGAGCAUAAGCUUUUUUUAUCUAUGGGAAAGCUCAACGAGGGUCUUACCUCUCUGUAAAUAACCUAGGCAAGCAUCCUGGGCAGGAGAAUGGGGCUAAUCACAGGACACUGCAGCAGUCCCCUGAGGACGCAGCUGCCCCACAUGCACACAGGCUUCCCUUGCACAAG